GUGCAGCCUAUCUGUAACCAUGACUACUGGACGAAGCUAGACAACUUUUCCGCAGUUUCAGAGAGGGCUUGGAUGAAGGCACCGCCAACCGAGGGUAGAGGACCUACAGGCGAAAAGAAGUGCGGAAGUCCUAAAAUAAGAAAAAUCAUGACCACAAAAUCCCCGGGCACGAGCCCUCAAAGAUGCUUGGCUACCAACAAUGCAAAACGUGUGCCACUGACACAGAAAAAGGCCACUGUACCCAGCUGUCCAGUACCAAGCAAGGUACCAACAAAGAGACUCACCUCUCUGCUACCAAGGUCUGCUAGACAUGCUGCCAGUGCCAGGCCAGCUGGCUGCACCCAGAACCACAUAGAGCAUCUGCCACCUGAGAUUCUAAUGAAGAUCUUGUGGAACCUGGAUGCCUCUUCUCUCUACUGCAUUGGCUACGUCAACAAGCUAUUAUAUAAGCUGGCCAAAAACAAUGCAAUGUGGCGUAAAAUCUAUUCUGCAAAAUAUGGGGAGAGUAAGAAAUUGAAGGCCAAGCACAUGGACGAGGUUGUGGAGAAGCUGAGUGUGAUGAAAGUUCAUGAGAGACCAGGGGGCUACUGGAGAAGGCUGUACUUUAGGACCAUAGCUGGCUACAACCACACCAAGUGGUUGAAGGAGCUGAGAACCAUCAAUCCCUUCACAGGCCUUCCCAGCCACACAGAGAGAGUCCUCAGAGAGCAGCGUGUGGCCUGGGAGAUCACAGUGCGUGACAGGUCGGUCUGUGAGGGGACUUUUGAACAGAGCCACACCUACUACAGUGACUCGUCAGUGACAUUGUGCUGGACCAACGGUUCAUGGCCCGCCUUCCACCAACUCUCUACCAUACAGCUUCACGGUGUCAAGAGAGUUCCCCUCAAAUGUCCCAGCGCCAUCAAGCCAGGCUGGAGGUCUCUGAUGGCUCAGUUGGAUAUUGACACCAUCUCUAAGAGCAGCCAGGUGAUUGGUGGAGACAGACUGGUCAAGUUGGUGCUGCUGUCGCCAGGCAUCGUCAUCGGCAUCUGGAGGGGCCAGUCGUCCAUAGCCUUUGUGAUGGCCACCUUCCACUACCACAGGCUGUUGGAAAGGAGUCUCCUGGGCUCGUCUGUUUGCCCCUACAACAUUCCAGAGAACAGGCCUCUUUUUGACGACGUGGACCCAAACUACGGUCUCCAUGGUUACACGCUACACAUUACCCUCCACAACACUGUGACGGAGAUCAUGUCUGGCCACUUCCCUCAGCUCUUCUGCCGGAAAGGUCAGAUCAAUGAAGGUUUCAUCCAGCUGAAUGCCAUCAUCAGGAGUAACCAGUCUCAGCAGACCCCUCUCUCUGCCAGGGUCAGCCUGCCCUGGAGGUCUGAUGCUCUGGAGGGGACUGUGAAGAACUGCUGCAUGAUGAGCCUGACUCUGCUGGAUGAGUCCCAGAUACCCUUCUGGUGUGUCAGCACGCCUGUCUCCAUGGUGCUGGCCAAUGAGGAGCCUUUCUCCUAUGACUACCAGGGCCAGCACUUCCUGAUCAAGUACAAGGAUGCAGAGGGAAAGGUACAGAUGCACGUGGUGCUGCUGGAGGAACAGAGACAGUUCUUCCUUAUUAAUCUGGUUGUCUACAUCAGCACAGUCAAAGUCAACCAGCACUUUGGGAGAGCCUAUUAAGGCGACUGUUUAGGGGGUACUUUUCCCGUCUGUAUCAAGAAUGGUCUGCAACCCAAAGGACAUCCAGCCAACUUGACAUAAUUGCAGGAAGCAUUGGAGUCAACAUGGCCCAGCAUCCCUGUGGAACACUUGACACCUUGUAUAGUUCAUGCCCCGAUGAAUUGAGGCUGUUCUGAGGGUAUAAGGGGGGUGCAACUCAAUAUUAGGAAGAUGUUCUUAAUAUUUUGUACACUCAGUGUAUAUACAGUGCAUUCGGGGAAGUGCACCAGUCCCUACUGCAGCAAAGCACCCUGGGGAUGUGAUGAAAGAAAUAAAAGCUGAAAUAAAUCAUUCUCCCUUCUAUUAUUCUGACAUUUCACAUUCUUAAAAUAAAGUGGUGAUCCUAAUUGACCAAAGACAGGGAAUUUUUACCAGGAUUAAAUGUCAGGAAUUGUGAAAAACUGAGUUUAAAUGUAUUUGGCUAAGGUGUCUGUAAACGUGUGACUUCAACUGUACUUCCGUCUGAAGGCAUAUACUUCCGCGUAUGCUGUGCAUUGCUACCGAACCAAAAAAUAAAACAAAUUGAAUAAGUCAA